AUGAGCCUUCGCCUACCUCCUCGGGAUGACAAAUUCACCACCAUCAUCAGCGUCUAUGACCCAACAGUGACCGGCUCAGACGACGCGAAGGCCAAGUUCUGCAAAGACCUGCACGUCCUGCUGGUGUCUAUGCCGAAGGUGGAUAAGUUGAUUGUCCUUCGUGUCUUCGAUGUCCGCGUCGGGACAGACAGUACUGCCUGGGAAGGAGUGCUGGGUCCUCACGGAAUCGCCAGCUGA